AUGUUAAAAUUAUCUUUACCUAUUCCAUUGUUCUUAAUAGUAUUUUUGUUAAAACAAAUUUGUUGUAAUGAAUUAACUUUUGAAUUGCCUGAUAAUGCAAAAGAAUGUUUUCAUGAAAAACUUAAAAUUGGUUCAAAAUAUACUUUAGAAUUUCAGGUUGUAACUGGUGGAAAUUAUGAUGUUGAUGUUGAAUUAAAAAGUCCAUCGGGUAAAAUUCUAUUUCAAGUACAAAAAAAACAAUAUGAUCAAAUCGAAAGAACUGCUGAUGAAGAUGGAGUUUAUCAAUUUUGUUUUAGUAAUGAAUUUUCAACUUAUACUCACAAAGUUAUUUAUAUAGAUUGGAGAGUUGAUGGUGAUCCUGAACAUGAAAUCAGUAGUGCAAAUCCACGUGUUGCUGAAGGUGCAUUAACAAUGAUUGAAUCAAAAGUCGGUAAUAUUCAUCGAAAUCUUGAAUCAUGUAUUGAUUAUCAAACACAUCAUCGUUUACGUGAAGCCACUGGUCGUGCUCGAGCUGAAGAUCUUCAAGAACGUGUACAAAUAUGGUCAAUAGGACAAUUUAUUUUAAUAAUAAUCGUAGCUAUUGGAACUGUAUUAUUACUUCGUUCAUUUUUUACUGAUAGAAGAACACCAUCUAGUAUGACUUGGCACAGAUAA